AUGUGGGCACGUGUGCGCCAUUCUCCUUCCACGUCACCGGUGGCCAGCCGGCUGUGGGGCAAGGAGUGGUCGUACACGCGUGCUUGAUUGAAAUGUAAUAUUACUUUAUAUUCACCAGAAACUUUGAUGCACAACCGAUGUGAGACUAAACCCACAUCACCUUCCCCAGAAAGGGUGGGCAACUGGCGCGGGUUCAAAUCCUCCUAGAGCCAAAACUCAUAUUUUUAUCUAAUUAUCGUGACUUUCCUACAGAUCACUAGUGAAGGAUUAAGCAACCAAAAUCGUUGGAUCAUCGGUGAAAAUCUCAUCAACACGAUUCGCGGAGCAUUGUUACUAAAAUUGCUGAAGGAUUCGCGAUAAAAGGAUCGCAAAUCUAUCGAGUAAAUCAUCUCUAAUUGAUCGACAAACAAGUCGUCGUCGGGAAGAGGACGAUCCACCAGGAGACGAGUCACCACCUCCUGAGAGCGUACCAGAUGCGGUGAAGAGCCUCCUCUUGCUGCAUGGACUUGAGGAUGAAGCUCCCUGA